GUGGCAGCAAACGCGCGUUGGGCGCUGGGCUUGACGUGCUGGUUGCUGGGCUACGCGGACGGAUGCUUGCACCGAGCGUGUGUGCGCGUCGGGCGCUGAGCGGGACGCGCAAGAUGCAGGCGAAUGCGGACGGGCGCUGCGAGCAGGUGUGCGUUUCGCAGACGUGCGCAUGUGGGAGUCCUAUGCCUACGCGGAAUAGCGCUGGGCGUGUGCGGUCACGCGUGCGUGCGGAGCAAGUCUCCUGGGCGACGCGAGAUGCUGCACGCGUACUCCUUCCGCGCUGGGGAUGCGCGAUCGGCGACUGCGAGCAGCAGGGACGAAUGGGUGGUGCACGACUGCGUACUGGGAACGACCAGCGAUCGCACGAACAGGCGUUGGGCCUUCGUGCGACGGUCCUGGGCGUCGCUUCUGGGAGCUGGGACGGCUACUCGCGGCAGCUAUCUCUCUUUAUGGAUAAAAGGUUGUCGGGUUGGGCUUUUUGUGAGAAUUUUGAUGUGAUAGACCGGGGGCGCAUCGCCAUCCUUUAUAACCCCAUGAAAGUUGACAUCAAGAUGGAGGCCGCCUUGCCCCAA